CUCAAGGCGGAACCUCUAUAGUUAUUGUUUUCGAGUUUAAUUCGCGUUAAAUCAAGUCGCGGCCGCUUCGCAAUGUGGGUGUUCGGGCGCCAUAACCUCGGCGCGGCUUGCGCUCGUAUCACGUAACGUCGAAUAUGUCUCGAUGGUGAGAAACGAAAUGGUGCUGAGUACAGAGUGGGCGCAGGUUGAAGUUGUCGAGCUGACAAACGAUGGCAACGGUCUGGGGUUCAACUUAGUUGGCGGGCGGAGCACUGGCGUCGUGAUCAAAUACGUUUUGCCUGGAGGGACGGCAGACAAGGAUGGCCGGCUGCAGAGCGGAGAUCACGUCCUGCAGAUUGGUUCGGUGAAUUUGCGCGGGUUUACUUCGGAACAGGUCGCGGCAGUGUUACGGCAGGCGGGCCCUGCUGUACGACUUCUCGUGGCCAGGCCUGCGGACCCUGCAGCUACACUACGUGCGCCGAUCCCUGGCACCGCACUAGUGCCCACUAAAAUCCUCUUAGACCCCGAGUUACUCGACCGACACCUGAUCGAAGCUGGCUAUGGCGCUGUUUACGAUAUAUCUCAGUGCUACAGUGAAUAUUUGAAUGGUCAAAAUGGAGAUUCAGAUAAUGUGGUAGCAGCCGCUGUGAGUAUUGUGGGUGACAAUCCUCAGCAGAUUCCUGAUUAUCCUUUAGUUGCUGAAAACCUUUCGCCUACAAUCACUAUAACUGUGCCUGUGGAACUGCCUACACCUCCGGAAGUAGAAAUUGUGCAUGUUGAUUUGAAUAAAAAUGUUUAUGGACUAGGAAUAACUGUAGCGGGUUAUGUUUGCGAGAAAGAGGAAUUGUCUGGAAUAUUUGUCAAAAGUAUUAUUGAAGGCAGCAGUGCCGAGCAGAGCGGACAGAUUAGAAUUAAUGAUAGAAUCAUUGAAGUAGACGGUGUGUCACUAGCAGAAAAAAGCAAUCCUCAGGCAGUGGAAAUUUUACGGAACACUGGCAUAUCAGUUCACUUAGUAUUAGAAAGGUAUUUGAGAGGACCGAAAUAUGAACAUCUUCAGUUAGCAAUAUUUAAUGAAGAGAAGCCAGCGUCCCCCACAUCGUCAACUACAACCCUGUCCUGGUUCCCAGUGCCUUCCCAAAUAGAUAAUAGUACCACAGAGAUUGAGCCUGAACCUGAAUCCAACACUACUAUAGACUCCAGUUUUCUAGAAGUAGGAGAUGUAGAACCAGAGCCUACACAAGAGGAAUUAGACAGAAGAUUUGAUGAGAUAUUAGCAGUUAAUGAAGAGGAAGUUAAAAAUAAGUGGGCUACUGAAAUAGGAACAGAGAAAGAAAUUAUUGUUGCUGAAGUAAAGAAACUUGAGGGAUUGGGAAUAAGUCUUGAAGGCACAGUUGACGUGGAAGGGGGACAAGAGGUUAGGCCUCAUCACUAUAUCAGAUCAGUUCUUCCGGAUGGUCCAGUUGGACAGCAAGGAACAUUAUUAGCUGGUGAUGAACUAUUAGAAGCAAACGAAUAUCGUUUACACGGUCUGACUCACACAGAAGUUGUGAAUAUUCUAAAACAUCUUCCAAAUCGUGUUAGACUAGUCUGUGCUCGGAGCACAGACAGUGGUCCUCGGUCUGUAAUAAAUCUAGCUCCUGACCGGGAAGGCUUCGAGGCCAGGAAGAUUAUAUCUGGAAGUCUUAACAACCUGACUACACUUGUCAAAGCUCAAUCAGAUACUUCCAUCAACACAUCAAGCACUGCCACUUUGACCAACCACUCGGGUCAUUCAAGAAAAUCUCGUUCAUUAGAGUGUGUAUCAGGGCUAGCAAUGUGGCAGAGUAAAGAAGACAUAGUAGAGCUUAUCAAAGCCGAUCAAGGGCUGGGCUUCUCAAUUUUAGACUACCAAGACCCAGUGGACCCCCAAGGGACUGUAAUAGUUGUGAGGAGUUUAGUACCAGGAGGAGUUGCAGAGAAUAAAGGUGAAAUAUCACCUGGAGACAGAGUGAUGUCAGUGAAUGGAGUUAGUAUAAAGAAUGCCACGUUAGACCAAGCUGUGCAAGCACUAAAGGGGGCCCCCCGCGGCCUUGUGAAAGUGGGAAUAGCCCGGCCACUCCCCCCGCAUGACUCAAAAUCCAAAAGCACCACUACGCUGAACACAAAACUGAGUUAAUCUUUAAGUCUACGUGAUUGCUAAACUGUACUAGUCAAAGUUUGAAGUCAUAUCUCUUACGCUUAUGUUGAGCUUAAGGUGCGGCACAUAUCGGGCGUUUAGAACGCGGCGUUUCGCACGCCUAUCUCGCCCUCGAGGUGAA